GAGUUAUCCAGCGCUGCACGGCUGUGAAGUACCACUACACCUCCAGCUCUCUGCCUCGCAACUUACCCGUCAACAUCACCAACACCAUCCGGCAGGACGAGUGGCACGCGCUCCACCUGCGGAGGAUGACAGCGGGCUUCAUUGGCAUGGCAGUCUCCAUCAUCCUGUUUGGGUGGAUCAUCGGUGUGCUGGGCUGCUGCAAGCAGCAGGAGCUCAUGCAGUACGUGGCUGGGCUGCUCUUCUUAAUGGGAGGUACGUGCUGCAUCAUCUCGCUCUGCACGUGCGUGGCUGGCAUCAAUUUCGAGCUGUCGCGCUACCCCCGCUACGUCUACGGGCUGCCGGAGGACAUCCCACGGCUACCCAGCCACGGCUACGGCUGGUCCAUGUUCUGUGCCUGGGGCGGGCUGGGCCUCACCCUGCUGGCCGGCUUCCUCUGCACCCUGGCGCCGUCGCUCAGCACCGCGCGGGCGGCCGUGCAAAAACCCAGACAGGAGAACGGGGCCGUGUGA